AUGGCUAGUUUAGAACUAUCACUUUUAAACUAUCUUGAAUUUCCCCGGAACCUGGUUGAACAGACUUCGUAUGAUUAUAUUCUACAAGGUAUCUCCACAGUCGCAUCGCUUACUGAUCCUGGAGCCAAUGGUCAGCUUGUCGGAUGGCACCACGAUAUAUCGCUCAAGAACAUACUUGUUGUCAGUGGACCUACGAACUAUAACUGUUAUUUCAAACUUGCAGACUUUGGAUUGAGCAUGUUUAAGGAGAAGGGUCCCUUGGAACAAGUAAAGGGAAUAGAUACGCGAGGAACUCGAACGUACUGCGCCCCUGAAACAUGUCGAUUUGAUGAAACAGAUGAACGGCUCAUCAAAUUUGUUACGCAAGCCGUUGAUGUAUGGUCACUUGGUUGUAUAUUCAGUGAAGCAGCGGUCUGGGUAAUGCAUAACGGUAUUGCUGGAAUCAAAGACUACCAGAUGCAACGUAUAAAGGAGAACCAGCGAUUUCCGAACCUGCUUGAUUACGGCGACUGCUUUCACAAUGGGAUCCGGCCACUCGAGUGUGUCGUUGACAUGCACAAGAAGAUGAUGUCAAAUGGACCCAGGAGUUCCAAGGAUCAAUUAACAGCGCGAGUAAUUGAGAUUUUAGUGAUACCGAUGCUUACGGAGGCUCCCCAUGGACGACCGCAGGCAGGAUCUCUACCAUUCUCUGCGACUCGAGUCAUUCAUGAUUAUGGUGGCAUGUCCAGCAUAACUCCGCCGAACACGUACGCCGAUCAUCAAACACCGAUACUAAAUACUGAUCUCGAGGAGUCUAGACCCAACCACGAUGCCCGUGGUGCCUUGCACACCAUACGAGAUUCCAGCUUCCGUACCGGAGGCACAAGCCCGGUGCAGUACCAACAUACUGAUACUUCGCCUAUGAUGUUACCUUUCGAACGAUGUGGGCCCUCACAAGGUUUCACAAACUUAUCUGGAUGCAAUGGGCCUCCAAGAGAUGGUGGAGUCACCAGCAGCACGCCAGAUUCUCAAAGCUCUUCUAGAUCUACCCCUCAAGCUUCUCAACACUUUCUAGCACCCGAGCACAUCGUGAAGGAUGAGGUGGGUGAGCUAGGUGUCUCAUUUUCAACUGGAUCUACUCGACGCAGACAGACAACUCAACAAGAGGUGUCUCGCAUGGACGUCGAGGAAGCUGAAUGGGAGUUAAUGAGUACCCACACCGGUGGGUAUUGGAACAUCUGGACCAGACAACGCUCGAAGCGGUAUGAAAAGCUGAUCAAGAGUGCUAAAGAGACAAGAGGAAGGAACCAUAUAUACAUCAUCGACAACUCGAAGAGCAUGGAUCAAUACAAGGUGAAAGUCAAGAAAGUCAUUUACGUUCUGAAUACAACGCUACGACAUGUUUCAAACAGAGGUAGCUUUGAGUUAAUAUGCACGUAUCCGGAGGCUCGACAAAAGAUGGACUUGAAAGUGUCUAAGACAAAAGGGAUUCUUGACAGAAUUACGUUUGAGGGUAAUACAGGCAUGGCGAAAAAGCUCACAGCAGUGUUACAUGAUUUCCUCGACGAUGAGACAAGCUUGUCUCCUGGAAAAUUCCUCAGGUAUCUUUUCGUACGGUCUGGUCGUCCAAAAAAUGACAGACCGUUAACGGUGUACAUCUUCACAGAUGGCGAAGGUGGCCGAGCUGAAGAGAUAGAAACUUUGAUCUCGCAAUUUAAAGAACGACUAGACGCAAAGUAUGUCGAGAGGGGUGAUAUAGGGAUCCAGAUCGUUUUCUAUGGCAGAAAUGCGACUGCAAAGAAAGUAUUGAAGCGGGCUGACUCACCGCCCAUUGCUAAGAACACUACAAAGGUAGCUCUGUACGACUUAUCCUACAUGAUCGAAAUGAUGAAGAAUUCUAACACUCAGACAGCGACGUUGUCGACAUGGAAGCCGGAGGAGCCAGUGGAAACUUUUUGA